AUGUCAAUUGCCCAAUGCGAGCGAGAGAUAUCCGAAACGAUGCCUUUGGCCGACAAGGAAGGCGAUCUCAUCGAGCAAAGGCUCUCAGCCCUCAAGCCGCCCAGUCAAAUGUCCUAUACCGAGAUACGACGAGUCAUCGAAGAACUCCAGUUCCACUACGCAUCAAUUACACAACUCCACCACCAGAUUGACUCCCGCCUAUCCGACUGGGCCACGGCUAUUGACGUAGCAUCCCAGGCCACGCGUCAAAUGCUCGAACUAGAAUUCGAAGCGUAUAACGUCUCGAAAGAACCGAUGAACACCCUGGAACGCAUCGAACUUCUAUGCUGCCAGAUCGAUCAGGCCCGGAUCCCAUACCAGACCGAACUUGAAAGCUACAAUCCCGAUCAGGCCACCAAGAAGAUGCCCAUAAAAUCCCCCGAAAGGACACGACGCAACAGGAGGACCCCAACACCGGCAAUAACUUGCCACACCACCCCAAUCACUCCACCACCCGCCGCCACAACCAUCAGCGGCCCCGACGCUCCACAUCAACCAAUGACCUACAAUUCUCCGCCGCAAGAGAAUCACCUGCUACCGAACGACUGGCCUUUUCCGCAACCAAGCCGGAUAUACAAGAACCAGCAAUCACAAGUCAAGCCACAAGAAGGCCAACCAAGUUUCAAUAUCCAACAAUGCCUACCUCAACCCCAACCCGUCCUCCAACUGGACCAGGCCCCGCAGCGGCCGCCUUCAAUCAACCACGAAUCGACCCAAGGAUACCGUCCAUCACAAGCCUCCCAACCACCAGCAUCGAAUAACUUUCGACCCAAUCCAAGUUCCGGGAUGUACCAAGCCCAUAACCAAGCCCCACCGCCAAUCACCCACAACUACACUCAAGGACAGCCACAAGCCUCCCAAUCACCAGCAGACGACACUGCAUCAAACAGGAUGCGACCUCACGAUCCUGCUAAUCACCACCACAAGAACACAUCUCCAACGUCCCAUUCAAGCGGACCGUCGCCAUCACGGCACUUCAAUCACCAAUCUCCAGUCAUCAACGACUACAUCUACGCUUCAUUCACCACUGAAAGAGAAGACAACGUCGACCCCAGUCUCCUCCCAACCAAGAAAGAUAUCAUUCAUCAAGACACAACCAAAUUCCCAAGCCAGCACUACAAACUCCGAAAUUCCAACAUCGAUGACGUGACCCCAACCGCCAGGCCCAAAGGAUUCAGCCCAGAAACAACACCGCAAGCCGAAGUCACCGCCGUAGCCACCCGCAACCCGGACAUCUCAAAGCCCGACCGCGGCUCUCCCAACUCAGCUUCACCUCUUGAAUCGACUCCAAUCGACCCUGUCAGCAACAGAACUCUCUCCCUCCAGAAGACCGUCGCCCCUAACAUCAAUCCCGAACCGCCACCUUCAUCACCACUUACCACUGCCGAACGCUCCAUGCAAGAACUCUCGCCGACUUCCGCAGAAGCACCCGGCUCUCCAUCCUCGGACAAGCAAACAAGCCAACCCAAGCCAACCUCCAAACCUCUAAGCGACGAAACCCCUACCGAAGACAGGUCGCCAGACGAAAGCGACGAAGCCUACGUCGAAGCCUAUGCCGAAGACAGGACGCCAGAUGAAGCAAUUUCACAAUCUCUCCAUCACCACCCGAAGACUAAGACCACCGAGGACGCGACGCUGAGCCCCUCGGACCCGACCGCCGCCGACGACAAGACUGACCUCGACAAUCCAAUCACCAUGCAGCUCUACCUCGACAAGCCCUCUCCCAACAACCGCAACUCUGACAACAGCAGCGACGGCGCCUCCAAACGCGCACCCACAAAUCCGCUUGGUCUCGGAGCCCCCAGAUCAUCACACCCAUCACAGCCUCGCCCAAAGCUUCUCGCCCGGGGAGGCCGCCUCUGCGACGGAACAACGACAAUCACCACAAAAACGACGACUGCGACUACUACCACGACACCUCGCCGCGCCGGGGAGUGUCGCCACAGCGACCUCAAAUCUCAAUCGUACAGUCGGGGCCCGGCAGGAGCCGCCGGACCACCGUGGGAACCCCCGCUAUACGAAGAUGCAAAUGCCCGCCAUGGCCUA